GACUCUUCGAAAAAGCAAAACCUUGCUGCGUCCUCCAACUUUUCCAAGCUCCAAACUUUCACAAGAAUUCGUUCCAGAAUCUUUUUGUUUUAAUUUUUCAUGGUCUGGUUUUCAAAACCCCAUGAACAAAUCCAAGAAUUUCUUCCGGAAUCUAGUGAAACCUUUCAGGUCAAGCUCAAGCAAUGUGGGGGAUAAUGUAGAGGAUUUGGAGAGAAUAGCUCAACAAGAACAAAAGAGCUUCCUUUUCGAGACUUUAGUUGCUGCUACAAAAGAUUUCCAUUCUCAUCACAAGCUUGGUGAAGGGGGUUUUGGACCUGUUUAUAGAGGUAAGUUAGAUGAUGGAAGGGAGAUUGCAGUGAAGAAGCUAUCUCAAAACUCGAGUCAGGGGAAAAAGGAGUUCGAGAACGAAGCUAAGGUCCUAGCACGCGUGCAGCACCGCAAUGUCGUGAAUCUGUUGGGGUACUGCAUACAUGGUGAUGAAAAGCUUUUGGUAUAUGAAUAUAUCACUAAUCAGAGUCUUGACAAGGUUCUCUUCAAACCGAGUAGAAAAGAGGAGCUUGACUGGAAGCGAAGGUAUGAAAUAAUUACAGGCAUUGCACGGGGUUUGCUUUACCUUCACAAUGACUCACACAACCGUAUCAUUCACCGGGAUAUCAAGGCGAGCAAUAUUUUACUUGACGAUAAAUGGGUCCCUAAAAUUGCUGAUUUCGGUAUGGCUCGCCUCUUCCCUGAGGGCGAAACGCAUGUUAACACCAGGGUAGCUGGUACCAACGGAUAUAUGGCGCCGGAGUACGUUAUGCAUGGACAUCUAUCAGUGAAGGCCGAUGUGUUCAGCUUCGGAGUUUUGGUUUUGGAGCUAAUAAGUGGCCACAGAAACUCAUCUUUGAGUUCAAAUGCUGAUGCUCGGAAUCUACUCGAAUGGGUAGAUAAGCUUUACAAAAAGGGCAAGGGCAUGGAGAUCAUGGAUGCUGCUAUAGCAUCAUCGGCACCCUCUGAACAAGUAGCUAUCUGCAUCCAAAUAGGUUUAUUAUGCGUGCAGAGCGAUCCCAAGGUACGGCCGGACAUGCACCGGGUCGUUAUAAUGCUUUCGAAGAAGCACGGACAUCUAGAGGAGCCAAUGAGACCUGGAAUUCCAGGUACUCGAUACAGAAGAUCCCGCCUGCCUCCCGGAUCCUCAUCGACUGCCCCUGGAGCCUCUGUUUUUUCGGAUUCUAAUUCUUCAGAAUCAACCUUUAACAUUACUACUAAUACUGCAUCUGCUUCAACAUCAGCCCUUGCAAGCUCCUCCAACCCCGAUCCCCACGGGAAGCUCCCGAUGAAGAGUUAGUUUUGCCGGGAAAUUUCUAGGUCUACGUUUAUAUUUGAUACACUGGUAAUAUAUAUAUCUAUGAACCAAAUUGUGCCAUUUUAUUGAAGGUCAAGUUAUUCAAAUACUUAUGAAAUUUUUUAAUGAAGUGGCAUCAUUGGUUCAGUGACAUGUUAUAGAUAUAUACAUUAUCCUUGCAUCAAAUAUAAACUCUUUGUAUACUUGUUAUAAUUAGUAUGAAAAUUGUGAAGUUUAGCUUAGU